AUGCUGGCAGAAAACGACAACGUCGAAAUAGACAUAGAUGAAGUGCUAAACCUUGAAGAAGAAAGCUACAAGCUCGGUUUUGAUGAAGGCACGGCUGAGAACGCCAAACAGCAAUUGAUGGAGGGGAAACAGUAUGGAUACCAAACUGGAUUCCAGAGGUUUCUCAUUGUUGGAUACAUGCAGGGCCUAGUUAUCGAUUGGGAAGAACAGGCACACGCGUAUUCUAACUGGGCUCAGAUCGAACCACGUGUCAAGCUGCUACGUCUGCUAGUGUUUGAUAUACCUACGAGUAACGGAGAUGACGAAGUAGUGGAGUUUGAGACGAAAUUACACAAGGCUAGGAACAAACUAAGCGUUGUUGUUGGCCUAACGAAGGAGCAGUGGAAAGUUCCCGUGUUGGACGAGUUGGCAAAGGAAAUUGGCGGAGAGUUGCAAGUCAGUGAGAACUUGGAUGAGAUGUGGUGA